CUGGAAUGAGUUUGCUACAGACUCUCUGGAGAGCCUGGGCGCUGAGUUCCCGAAGAUCCUCCCAUCUAUGAGAGCAAAGCCAAGCAACCAAGCCGGCACCAUGUCCUCCUCACUGCGAGUCAGCCCGUCCAUCCACGGCUACCACUUCGACACAGCCUCACGCAAGAAAGCCGUGGGCAACAUCUUUGAAAACAUCGACGAAGAAUCACUACAGAGGCUCUUCAAAAACUCUGGGGACAAGAAAGCAGAGGAGAGAGCCAAGAUCAUUUUGGCCAUAGAUCAAGAUCUGGAGGAGAAAACCCGGGCCCUGAUGGCCCUGAAGAAGAGGACCAAAGACAAGCUUUUCCAGUUUCUGAAACUGCGGAAAUAUUCCAUCAAAGUCCACUGAGGAGCCGAGAAUGGAUAAGGACGUGAUCCACGAAUGGACAUUGAAAGACCAAGUGAGUUUGUGAGACGCUAACACGCAGCGCUGUGUUGCUCCUUGCAAGCUUCGCCUCCGCCAGGACUCCGGAGGCUGGAAAGGAACAGAGCAAACUGGUGACAGGACUCCAACCACUUUCACGCCUGUGCUGUGACAGUGGAGAACGAGCCGCCUUCAGCAAGGACUGGAAAACUCUCCUGGCCCAAAAGGACUGAUGCUGGUGUCAGGAGAGGUCUGGACAGAUGUAAGGAGAGAUGAAACUGAAGAAAACAGAUGGCUGAGGAAGAACUGCAGCCAGGGUCUCUUUGUCAGGCCCUAGGACUUAAAUUCCACCUGAACUUUUUGUUUGUUUGUUUCCUUAAGCAAACUGGGCAAGGGGAAAGAGGAGGGAGGGGGGAGAGGGAAGGGAGAAUAGGGAGAGAGAGAGUUUCAUGCUACAAUUGUUUACUGAAUUUUUUAUUUGAAUUCUCAAGAUGUUUCCAAGCUUCAAUGUGGCCUAUUGGUAUAGAUUUUUAGAGAUCAGUAAGUGAUUAUUUAUUUGCAUUUAUUACAGUGCCUGAAAAGUACGCCACAUGGGUGUAAGUGCAAAGUCAAGGAGCUGCAGUACCUUCAGCAGCUCAGCAAAACCAUACGCCACCUUCUGGUUUAUAGAAGUUUUUAUGCAUUUCAGAGUGGUUGCACAAAAGUUGGAAUAAUGGGCCCUUCAGAAAUUCCAAGUACUGUGAAAAAAUGUAUAUUUUUUUUAUCUUCUAACUAAUGCUAAACUAUAAUCUAAUUAAAUGUCUUACAGUUACUGCAUUGAGCAUUAGGAAGUGAAUAUGGUAUACUAAAUAGUUUAUAAAGAUGCUAUAGUUUCUAUAAUUUAUUAUAUAUGACAAAUGAUAUGCAACCAUAAUAAAUUAUUAUAAACUUGA